AUGGCGCAGAGUACUGGUACCUCCACCCGAUCAUUGCACGCAGAUGACGUGCUAAACGUCGUCACUGAUGUGGCUCCUCCAAUGCAUCUGUCUACGACUUUCCGUUACACGGCGAAUCCGUCGGCACUCGUCCCGUGGGCUAACCUUGACCAUUCGAGCGGGGAUCCCACAACUCACACCUACUCACGAGUCUCCGCGCCGAGUUCAAGUCGAUUCGAAACGAUUCUUUCAUCCCUUCUGAACGGCAAAGCGGUCGCCUAUUCCUCAGGGCUCUCUGCGCUCCAUGCGGCGCUCACUCUCCUCAACCCUCGCCGCAUCUCCGUUGGAGAAGGCUAUCACGGCUGCCACGGAGUCAUUGCCCUCUUCAGCCGCAUGACGGGGCUUCAAAAGCUGCCGCUAGACUGUGCACCCAACGAUCUGCAAACCGGCGAUGUCAUCCUCCUCGAGACACCGGUCAACCCCACUGGAAUCGCCUUUGAUAUCUCGGCAUUUGCGGAAAAGGCCCAUUCCCAAGGGGCCUAUCUCAUUGUCGACAGCACAUUCGCCCCUCCCGGCCUCCAAGACCCGUUCCCCCUAGGCGCAGAUCUCGUCAUGCAUUCGGGCACCAAGUACUUUGGCGGACACAGUGACCUUCUCUGUGGCGUGUUGGCCACCCAGCGUGAAGACUGGGCCCAACAACUCCUGACGGACCGGAUCUUCAUCGGCUCCGUCAUGGGCAACAUGGAGUCCUGGCUAGGCGUGCGGAGUCUCCGCACACUGGAAAUCCGUGUCCAGCGCCAGAGCGAAAGCACAUCCCGUCUCGUCUCAUGGCUACACUCCGCCCUGCAUGCGUCGAAUCCCGCGCGUGGCUCGGAUGAAGUCGCCAUCCAGACCGUCCUGAAGGACGUCCUUCAUGCCUCGGUGCAACCAGAAGUCCAGGGUGACUGGUUGAAGAAGCAGAUGCCGAAUGGAUUCGGACCGGUGUUUUCCAUCGUGAUGAAGGAGGAAAAGAUGGCCAGGGAGUUGCCGAGUCGAUUGCAUUUCUUCCAGCAUGCGACUAGUCUAGGAGGGGUCGAGUCGCUGAUUGAGUGGAGGACGAUGUCAGAUGCGAGUGUUGAUCGGCGAUUGUUGAGGAUUAGUGUUGGGUUGGAGAAUUGGGAGGAUUUGAAGACGGAUCUGGGCAGGGCUUUUAGAGAGCUGGCUGAUUUGUAG